UUUGUCUCCAUCGUCCGUCCAAUUCUACCUACCUACGUGCGUGCGCGCCAUGUUGACGACAGCCUCGACCAGUUCAUCCACGUCGCGGCCGUUUUUCUUGAUCAAGCGUUUAGUUUUGCAGCCUAUGGCCUUUCCGCUCCGCUCGCCCACCCAGACAACUUACACGGGGGCAAUCCUUGCUUCGCCUGUAGAUCUAGGCCUCAGUCCGUCGACCACCUCCUAAUACACUUUCCCAUCUCUUAUCUGCGCUGAAGCCCACCACACAUUUCUUCCUCGCGCGCAUACCCCAGCCGAGCUUCUCAUGUUUUGAGCUGCUCAUGUUUUCCAGAUAAAACUUGCAACAAACAGCCGCACCACUGGCCCGGACACUUGACAAUUGGCACCUUAUAAAGGUGCGACGUUGAACCGAGCUGGCUUCCUGUUGCUAGCCAACCUACCCGUCCGCAAGCUAUGGCCUCCCCAAACCUUGGUUUCUCUCCGUGGCGGAGAAGAGCCGCAUCUUUGAGCUCCCAGAGGACCGCCGAGAACAACAAUCCUGAGAAUCCUUUGCUCAGUCCAGGCCGAAACUCCCAGAUGGCUGAUCCGCGAAUCUUGUCGUCUUCAGUGAGCUCCAGUCACCGGGAGCCGAUCCGUUCCUUCAUUCAUGGCAAUGUGAGGGACCACCUAGGCAAGCAUCCUGUAACUGGCGCAUACGUCACGCCUGUCGCACAUGCCGCUAACCGUCUACAAACAGCUCCCGUUGAUAGCGCCCAGUACGCUCGCAGCGUGCGCGAAGACACAGCAGAGCUCGCCUCGUACCUCUUGUCUGACAAGAAGACGGGCCAGAGCCCAGCCUUCCUCUCCCGUCAACGCUCACAAUCAUCAGCCCUCGCUCGGGAGACGGCUGUUUCGGAUGACGAGGAUGGCGACGAGGAUGGCGACGAGAUUGCGCACGUUCCGAGCUCCGAGACCAUUCCGGAGGUCUCGGAACCGCCUUCACCAGACGAGGAUGCUGAAGGGGUCAUUGAGGACGGCCCAUCGAUUCUGACGAACCUGCUCAAGAAAUCACCCCCUCAAUCGCAUCGCGACCCAUCGCCCGAACCCCGACCCGAGCCAUUGGCGCUAUCCGACCCUGAACCGAAGCGAACCUUGUCUCCAGACACACCAAGAUGCAAGCCGCAGCGGUCGACGGAAAGAGUUGUCGAUGAGCCCACCGAGCGCACUCCUCUGAUUCCAAGACUGUCGUCGGAUAGUUUCGAGAGCUAUGAUACAAACGGAUCCACCGACGGGGUCGAUGUAGAAGGGCAAAAACAGAGACCGAGGAAGAAGUGGCUGAGAGGCCUAAAAGAUCUGACUGUCAAUGUGGAGGAGCACCUUGUCCACGGCAUUCAGAUCGCGACGAGCCCCAAGGCCUGGGACCGUCGAGCUCUGUGGCAGAAUGCUGUGGUGGCCCCAGCAUCUUGCCUGCCGGCGGUUGUUGUUGGCUUACUGCUCAACGUUCUUGAUGCCCUGUCUUAUGGUGAGUCCUUCGCUAGCUAUCCCGUUGAUUCGUCCGAUCUGACUAGGCUAGGCAUGAUUCUGUUCCCCCUCGGCAAGCCCAUCUUCGCUGGUCUGGGGUCGGCAGGCAUAUCUAUUUUCUAUGUGAGCACCAUUGUUUCACAGUUGACUUUCUCAACUGGAAGUAUUUUUAAAGGGGGCGUUGGUUCUGAACUGAUUGAAGUCGUGCCGUUCUUCCACAACAUGGCCCAAACAAUCACGGACCAUAUCGGCGAAGACCAACCCGACGCCGUGAUCGCGACGACGAUUGUAUCAUAUGCGAUCAGCUCCAUGAUGACUGGCACUGUCUUCUAUCUCAUGGGCAGGUUCAACUUCGGCUACAUGGUUGGCUUCAUUCCGAGACACAUCUUGAUCGGCUGCAUUGGAGGUGUCGGUUGGUUCUUGGUGGCCACAGGAUUCGAGGUCUCUGCUCGAAUGGACGGCAGCCUUGAAUACGACAUGGACACUCUACACAAGCUGUUCCGGAGCGACACGAUACCCCUUUGGGUGACCCCCCUUUUGCUCGCCAUUGUGCUCUUCUACAGCCAGACUCGGGGUGCAUCCAAGUACUUUCUGCCAUUGUACAUCAUCUCGAUUCCGGUUGUCUUCUACUUCUUUGUAUUCUCUCUUGAUGCGCUCGAGCCUGACUCUCUCCGAGACAAUGGGUGGAUUUUCGAAGGACCACCUUCGGACGAGCCGUGGUGGUACUUCUAUACGUUGUACAGUAUGUCGAAUCUCGUCCCCCCCCCCUCUGACGCUGGCCUGUGCUUACUGUUGAUCUUAGAAUUUAACCUGGUCGAGUGGGAUGCUGUGUUGGAGUGCGUUCCUGCAAUGCUGGCCCUUACCUUCUUCGGUAUCCUCCACGUCCCCAUCAAUGUUCCCGCCCUAGCUCUACAGAGCGGGGAGGACAACGCCGAUCUUGACCGCGAGCUCAAGCUUCAUGGCUACUCUAACUUCAUCUCUGGCAUGGCUGGCAGCAUUCAAAACUACCUUGUUUAUGCUAACACCGUGUUCUUCAUGCGCUCUGGAGGAGACAGCAGGCUUGCUGGUUACAUGCUGGCAGCUUUAACCUUUGGCGUCAUGAUCAUUGGCCCCAAGAUUAUUGGGUUCAUCCCCAUCAUGAUGGUCGGCACUCUCAUUUUCGACCUUGGCUUUGAGCUUCUUCUCGAAGCCGUGUGGCUGCCGAGGAAGAAGCUGAAACUAGCCGAGUAUCUGACGGUAAUCGUCAUCGUUCUCGUGAUGGGCAUAUACGAUUUCGUCAUUGGCAUCGGUGUUGGCAUCAUUCUCGCAUUUGUUUCACUGAUCAUCCAGACGUCGAGGGUGUCUGCUGUCCGAGCCAGCUACACAGGCGAGAUUGUCGGCUCUACCGUGCGCAGAAACCCCUCGCAGCAUCACUACCUGCAGGAGGUCCGUCGUCAGAUCUACAUAGUCAAACUGACCGGCUUCCUGUUCUUUGGCACGGUCGUAAGUGUCGAAGAGAAGAUUCGCGCUCUGAUCGACGACAGUGCCUUUGCUGAAAGGCCCAUCAAGUAUCUGAUCCUGGAUUUGUACCACGUGACGGGCCUCGACUAUUCCGCUGGCGAAGCCUUCAAUACCAUAAGCAGAUUGUUGGACAACAAGGGAAUUGUCCUCGUCUUGAGUGGGAAAGACGCGGAGAGCGAGGUUGGUCGCAAUUUGCGGGCUAUGGGACUUGGCAACGAUAGCAUCGAAGUCACCUUGCUUCCAGACCUCAACUCGGCUCUGGAGAGCUGCGAGAACGAGCUCCUCAAGACGCUGUACGCUAGUCAAGAGGAGUUGCGGAAGGGUUCUCGUCACGCACCCACUGCCAACCUCGAUGUGCCUACAAAGCCAGAUCGGACAUCCUUCGACUUGGUGAUUAACUCGCCGAGACGCAACCAUCUUCACGAAGCUGCUCGGAACGCAUUGGCGAACACGGAGUCGUCGGGAACAAAGAGAUGGCAGAGCUUUAAAGAGCCCCUGCGGUUGAUGCUUCAGAUCUUCCAGGGUCUUAGCGACAAGAACGAAGACUUCUGGUUCAGAGCGGUGGGCUACUUUGUUCGGAAGGAAUACACAGCCGGCACCAUCCUCUUCACGAGAGGGGAGCCAGCCAAGGGUUUUUACCUGGUUGAGAAAGGCAUCCUCCGCGCCGACUACGACUUACCCCAAGGCUCGCUGACGGAGAGCAUCGUGGCCGGAACGACCUGCGGCGAACUACCAUUCUUCUCCGAGACGGAUCGGACUGCGACGGUGACAGUGGAUAGAGACUGCGUCGCGUGGCGCAUGGACAAGGAGGGCUGGCAAAAACUCCAAAAAGAUCAGCCGGAUGUCGCUCAGGAGCUAUUGAGGGUGUCACUGAAGCUGACAAGCGAGCGGAUGACCUCCAUUACCUCUUACAUUUUGACCAUGGCCGGUUAGUGCCUGGAUAAAACCAUGCACAGAUUCCAGUACUUCACUUUUUUUUUUUUCUUU